UUUGUGAAGAAACCAGGGUGUUAAUGGUACAGGAUUGGGUACCAUUGGAUGACUCUGGCUGUCAGUAAAACCCAGGGAUGCCUGUGGGGGAAAAAAAGUACAAAAAGGUAAAGAUAUUUGAGAAAUGAGACUAGGAAACAGGUUUAAAUCGGUCUUGUUCUUAAGAUGGGUAUUUGUUUUGUUAGCAACUUUUAAAUAUGUAUUAUAAAAAUAGUAAUUUUUAAGAAGCUUGAUAUUAAGAGUCUAAAGGAGUCUAGCAUAGGAAGGAGCUGAUAGUUAGAAAAAAGAAUUAAAGACUAGUCAGAAAGAAAAGCUGGAGAACUCUUUUCUGACCUCUUAUUCUACAGGUGAUUUACAGGAUACAGCAAUGGAAACCUGGUCAGUUGAUCAGGUCUGCAGUUGGUUAGUGGAGAAAAACCUAGGAGAGCUAGUUCACAGAUUCCAAGAGGAAGAAGUCAGUGGGGCCGCACUUCUAGCCCUUAAUGACCGAAUGGUUCAGCAACUGGUAAAGAAAAUUGGGCACCAGGCUGUUCUGAUGGACUUAAUUAAAAAAUAUAAGUGGAAUACUCAAGGACUGAAGUCUCCUGGAAGCCCCAAAGAGACAGCCAUGGUCACACAAACAGAAGCAACCCCAGAUUACAGGGAUGAGGAGUCCUCCAGUCCAGCCGGCCGUGGGAAGCUGGUGCCAUCUUUCUGUCCAACCGGAAACCUUGAUAACGGACUAAUUGACCAAAGAGUGUUGAAACAGAGAAGAAACGUGAAACAUGUUCUAGCAAGGAACAAAGCAUUCCAGUGGAUGAAGUCCUAUGUUUUACCAGAGUUUCCCUAUGAUGUCAAAUGCAUGUUAGCACAGCAGAAAUGCCCUGAUCACAGCAUGAGAAUAAGGAUGAUUGAGUUUCUCCAGGCUGACAUGACUAAGUAUCUGGAAGGUUCACUGUACCCCUCCACCCAGCAGUACAACGACGUGGUCAAUGCCCUGCUGCGGGCCCACCCUUUCCUGGACGAGGACGGCUGUGGCUUUUUUUUAUGGAAACGAGCCCUCAAAGAUCGCUUUAAAUAUGUUCGAAGACCCAUAGAAGAUGAUGAACAAGUGAUGAGAAACAAGUGUAAAUUUGGACAUCGAAGAGGCCAGACCAGGAGAUCUCUUGCUGAUACAAGAUUUGAUAAAAUUAAACUUGUCCAGAUAAAAGAAGAAGCUGUUUGCUUAGAUUCUGAGGUAGAUGAACAUAUUCAUUGGUUCCAGCAAGAAUACGUGAAAACGGAAAAGGACUGGAGAGAAAUUGACAAGAGGAUGAGCCAGACUUUGGAAAUAAGAAGAAAGAUGAUUGGCAGCCGAACCCCUCUGAAGAACAUUCUUAAACUGUUUCCUUUCUUAAAGUACCCUUAUCAGAUGUUCAAAGAAUUUCAGCUUCUUACAAGAACAGAUAUUUAUAAGAAAACAAGGCAUAUCUUGGAAUCCUAUUCAGAAAAUAUACUGACUGCUUUUUCAGUGGUGGACAAUCCAAUCAAUAUUGCACUGCAAGAAAAAAUGAAACAGUAUGCAGACGAAGACAGGUUGACAUAUAUGAAGAUGACAGCCGCAUGCUUACUCCUCCCGGAUGUUUUUGGGGAUGAUCCCAGCCUUUUUGUCGUUGUGAAUGGAAAGGUGCGAGCGUCCACACCUGUGUUAAAAGUUAAAGACCCCUUUAACAUCGGGAUCUGUGAAUUUUUUCUCUAUCUAGAAAGAGAGAGGCUUGCCAAGGUGGGCGAUUGUGUUACAGCUGUGGCCGCGCUCAUAGCUGCCUUUCAUGUAUUUGGAAUUCAGUGUCCAAAAAGACUGUCCCAAACGCUCAAAUUCCUAGAAACGUUGAUUUUUGAUAUACACAGUCCCUAUUUUCCUUCUUUGAAAGAAAAGGAAAAGGAAGUAUCACUUCACCACCCAACCACUUAA